AAAAUCGGCUGCAAACCGGGAAGAAAAGAAAACAGUUUUGGUAUCUUGUCCUUUUUUAUUUCAACUUCAUCAUGUUUAUUCGUCAUAAUCUAUUUCAAAACCUGGGUAUUUUUAACUAUGAAUUUAAACUUUAAAAUAUUUAUGUGUAUAAAUGUUUUCAUAACUUAAGAGAAGCUGUGUUUUCUGAAGCUCCUGAAGUGAAAGUUUUUAGAAAAUGAGUACAAAGAAAUUGUUCUGGAGAGCUUUUAGCUUUUUUCAUAGAUUAUUUGACAUAGUAAUACAUUAUUUAUUUAAAAUUGCUAACUUUGGUAAAAGAGAAGAAUUACCACCUCUAAACAAUCUUUUGCUCUUAUCUUCUGCGACUAGUCUGGCUGCAAAAAUAAGAAAGAAAAAGUUAAAGAGUUUUGAUCUAGUCAGUGCAUACAUUUCAAGAGUCAAAGAUAUUAAUCCGCUUAUUAAUGCAGCUGUGAAUUAUCGAUAUGAAGAAGCAUUGGAAGAAGCAAGGAAAGUUGAUGAAAUGAUUGCAUGUAGUUAUAAGACAGAGGAAGAACUGGAGAGAGAAACUCCAUUUUUAGGAGUCCCACUUUCUGUUAAAGAAAUUAUUGCAGUUACUGGUUUGCCUUUAAGUGCUGGUUUGGUAUCACGUAAGAAUGCAAGAUCUGGAUAUAAUGCACAAACUGUUCAAUUAAUGAAGGCUGCAGGUGCUAUUCCUUUUGUAACUACAAAUAUUAGUGAGCUUGGGAUGUGGUAUGAAGCAUAUAACAAAGUUUAUGGACGAACAAAUAAUCCCUACGAUACAAAUCGCACAUGUGGAGGUAGUAGUGGAGGAGAAGGUGCUUUAGUUGGAGGAGCAGGAUCUGUUAUUGGACUUGGUUCUGAUAUAGGAGGGAGCAUAAGAAUUCCUGCAUUUUUCAAUGGUGUAUUUGGACAUAAACCAACAUCAGAGGUGGUCUCAAACUAUGGCACUUAUCCACCAUCUGGGGAAAGGGAAUUUGUUCCAUACUUAUGCAUAGGUCCUUUAUGCCGGUAUGCUACAGAUUUGAUUCCUAUGAUGAAAGUACUGGCAGGCAAAAAUGAAUCACUUCUGCGUUUGGAUAUUCCAGUCAAAUUGAAUGAAUUAAAAAUAUAUUACAUAGAAGAUGUAGGCAAUCAUGUUAUGUUCACAAAAGUUGAUUCUGAUAUGGUGGAUGCUAUUCAUAAGGUGUUGCAUCAUUUUGAAGUGGCUUACAAAAUAGUUCCAAAGAAACUGGAGUUGCGCUCUUUAAAGUAUAUGUAUAUGAUGUGGGCUUCUGCUAUUUCCAGCUGCAAAGCACCUACCUUUUCAGAUGAACUUGCUGAGAGGAAAGGUAUUAUCCAUUUCAAGUUAGAACUUUUGCAAUGGCUUAUCGGACAAUCAAGGUUCACGUUUCCAGCAAUUAUCCUUGGUUUAACAGAAAGUACAAUGUUAGGACCUAGUGAUUUUUACUCCAAUAUGGUCAAAGAUCUCAAACAAGAAUUGGAAGAUAUCCUAGGUGAAGAUGGCAUUCUGUUGUUUCCCACCCAUCCAACAUGUGCACCUCAUCAUUAUGAAGCUCUUUUCAAACCUUUCAACUUUGCAUAUACUGGGAUAUUCAAUAUCUUUGGUUUUCCUGUUACUCAGUGUCCUCUUGGUUUAGGUCGAGAAAAGUUACCUGUUGGGGUACAAGUUAUAGCAAAUGCCUAUAACGAUCGCAUUACUUUAGCUGUCGCUGUAGAAUUAGAAAAAGCAUUUGGAGGCUGGAUUCCUCCUUCAGCUAUUGUAGGUUGAAUCAAAACUCAUGCAAGCUAUCAAAAUGGGAAAUCAUAGUAAAACAUUACAAAAUGUUGAAUUAUAUUUCUGAUGAUGUAAUUUGAAUAGAUAUCAAGUUUUUGAUCUCCUGUAAAUAAGUUUUCAAAGCUUUCCACGAUAUUUAUUCCAUCUUCCAAGAGUUAAAAUGCAAUAUUGAUCUUCAGGAAUAAAUUUUGUGGUUUAAUCUAAUUUUGGGAUUCUGCCAAAUUUCUGUUUCAGAAUUCUUAAUAAUUUUUAUAUCCAAGAAUUUAUGUAUUCUACUUAACAAAACAAAAAAGUGUGCAUUUAUUUUUAAAUGUGUAAUAUUUCAUCAUCUUAACACAAAUUCUUGAAUAAUAUGGCUAUAUCAGUUGACUUCUUUUUUUUUUUUUUUUUUUUUUUUUUGUGUGUGUGUGUGUGUGUGUGUGUGUCUGAUUUUUCCUGUGUUAGAGUAUUUCCUGUAUUAGACUGUUUUGUAUAGAGGGCAACAAAUUGUUUUUGACCAUAUUUCCCGUGUUCCUUUAUGGACACCUAAACAAAUUUCUAGGAUUGAAUGCUUCUGUGUGCAGUUUUAUCUUCUUGUUUCAACCUAAUAGUUAUUUGAAAUACUUUUGGAAUCUCUUAACCAUUAUACUUAAUUAUCUUGGUUCAUCAUUAAUUUAUUUAAUAUUUCUUGGAUUAGUGUUUCAUAAUUCAUUUUCUGAAAUUUGGCAACAAAAUGAUUCUUGCAAAAUUUAGUAAUUGUGUUAUCUUACUUAUCAUAUUUUAAAUAUUCAGGAUUCUUUUCAUUCAAUAGGUUGUACUUAACUUUUCUACAUCUUUUACUUUUCCUCCUUUCACUAAAUGGUUCGUGUAAAUCAAUGUGUUUAUACAUAAGCUGAUAUUAACAUCAGCUUUCUUAAGAGAACUAAUAGAUAAUAAUCUUCAAUUAAGUCUCUGUGUAGUUUCAAUACCAUUUUAUAUUACUUGUUGAUCUCACCAUUUCUAACUGCAAAAGAAUAUUAAGUAAAAAAUUAGAUCUUCCAUGUUAAAAAUUAUAAUGUUUUUUUAAAAAUGUGGUGGAAGAGAAUUAAAAUAAUUCCUGUUUUUGCUGAUGUACAAAACAUGUUUUAUAUUUAUUCAAUAUUCUGCAUAAAAGCAGUUUAGUAUCGUAUUCUGUAAAGGGAUUUCAUUUAGCAUUCAUUUAUACUGAUUAUUUUUCUUCAAACAGAAAUGCACUCUGCUGCAUGUUAUGGCUUGUAACUGAGUAAAGAGCUAUUAGAUUUGACAAGUUUUUCAAUUUCAAAAGUAUUUUAAUCUUAUUAAUUAAAAUAAAGUUAUCCUGUAUACCUUCAGAUAAAUUUUAACAAACAUAAUCAAAUUAGCAUUUGUUUACUAAAUGUUUCAGUUGGCAUAUUUUAGGACGUUUUAUGUGGAGUUAAUUUCUUUCUAUGUUAAGAAAACUUAACAGUUUGAAUCCUGCAUUACUUACAGAAGUUAUUAUGAAGAAAUAGAAGGAAAUGGUAAAGCAAGUAAUUUUGUUAAGGAAAUACUUAAAAGUACUGAAAAGCAGACUGUAUAUGUUCUGUGAAAAUAUAGGUGAUGUGAUUAACAAAAUUAUUCACCAGUUUAGUUUACUUAUGUCCUCAGAAUUACUUGAUUUUUAUCUCAAAAUACUUGAAUUCCGGUAAAAACAAUAUUAAAAUUUUGUGAGACCUUUCAUCUAUCAAUUAAUAAUUUCUUCUUUGAUUUAUGUAACCACUCGUUUGGAAAUACUAAAAUUAUUUCAGUCUGGGAUAUAGCCCCAAUUUAAUUAUGUACUUGAUUGUUAAUACACUAGAUAUCUGUCAAUUUUUCUAAAUGUAACAUUGUAACAUAGAAUUGAUUUAUAUUGUGCAUUAUACAUCGAAUAGAUUGUACACUUUGAAUUUCUUUUUCUUAAAAUAACGUUUCAUAUGUCAGUUUAAUUUCAAUAGGUUAAAUUGCUCUUUGUUGAGGAUAUAUUUUGAAGGGGUAAAAUGCUUUCUUUCAUCUUAUGUUUAGAAUUCCCCUUUGUUGAUAGCACAGCCGAGAAUAAUUAAGAUUACUGCAUAUAAAAGGUGAAAUGAUUUAUAUGUUUGGAUUACCAGAUACAUAUAUUUAGGCAUUUAAAAUUAUUUAAAACAAGUUUAUAAUUCAGAUAGGAUGAGAAACAUCCAAUAAAAAAUUUUAAAUUAAGCAAAACAGCAACCUUAUUUUGGCAUAGAUUUGAACUAUAAUUCUGUCAAUUUGAGGGCGAUCAGACACAAGUCUUCUUCUUCAAGAGCAAAACAAAUUCUUGAAGAGUAGAAUUUUUUUUGCAAGUCGAUAGAGUUUUAUUUAAAAUCUAUACCAAAAUGUCGCUGUUUUGCCUAAACUUAUAAUAUCUUAAAUAUUCCUUAUUUUUUAUAACACUUCUAUAAACUCUAAUGUUCCAUAAAAAAUUUCUACAGUUUUAUGAAAAGUAAUAUUGAAUUGAUUAAUUAUGUAGGUAUUCACUGAAAAAUAUUAUGCAUGUGUGCAAUUUUAAGUGAUGAUAAAAGUCUGUUUUCAUAAUACUAUAAAGAUUCUUAUUAAGCGAAAAAAUAUUAGAAUAGUGUGUCUUUUUCUUAAUAGUAAACUUAAUAGUAAAUUUAAAGACAUUUUUAUCUGUCUGCUUUUUACUACCUUUUUUAGCUCUUAUGAAUAUGAUUAUGAAUAUGAUUUUUUGGGAGGGAUAAAUGGAGUAUGUGCAAGAUAUAAGAGUCGAACAUGCAUAAUACAGGUAAAUAAAUUAGCUAUGCUAUUUAAGUUAUGGCUUAAAUAUUUUUUUCCCUUAAGAAAUUGAGCAUAUGUGUAUUGUCUUGUAUUUGAAUUGAAAAGCUUACUUGAUCUAGUAGUUUAUAAUUGUAAUUUGCUUUUUAUACCUAUUUUCUCAAUUAGUCUAAUUUUGUAUUUCUAAUUAUUAGUUAAAUAUAAGAUAUGCACUAACUAACUGUUUGGGACCAAAAUAACGUGAAAUUUUCAAAAAAACUUAUUUUACAGAGAAAAAAAAAAAGGGAAGGCUGUUUAAGAAUGUAGGGUUUUCUGUUUUUUAACCCUACAUUUAAAAACCUUACAUUUAAAUUAUUGUGUGCCUAACUUUAGAAAAAUGUUUAAACACAUGAUUUUAUAAUAUUUGCAUAUAGAUUUAAUGCAUAUUUAAAUAGGAAAGAAAAGGAAUCUACUGAGAUAGUUAAUCAACAUUGAAAAAUAUUUUAAUAUAAUAUUAAAUUGAAUAUUUUAAUAUGAAGGUUAUCUACCUAGUUCGUUCUUGGUCUUCGUGAAGAACACUUUAGGAAAUGGAAAUGGUAGGUUUAAAUUUUAUACUUUUCUCCCUUGCUGUUAGUCUCAAUCUAUUGAUGAGAAAGGCUGUUGUUUAAACCAGUGGUCCUAAACUCAAAUUGCACAUAGGCCGAAUGUACGGUCUAAAAGCAGGUCACAGGGCAAAUUUGUUUUUUUAUGAAAUGAAAUCGUUUAACUAAAUUUUGAAAGAAAAUUACUAAAUAUUUACCAAAAUGUACAAAAAGGAUAAUAAUAAUGAUGCAGCAAAGAAAUUCAGGUUUAUUUAUUUAUUUAUUUAUUUAUUUAUUUUUUUUAUUUUUAUUUAUUUAUUUUUUUUUUUUUUCUGAAAUCUAAAGGUUGCUUUCUCCAAGAAAUUUCAGUUGGUUACAUUUUGUAAUUCAAACAUAUUGACAGUUAAAUAUUAAACUUUCAGACGAACAUCUAUUCAAAUAAUUCUAAUAUAUUGAAUUAACCGCUAAAUAACAUUCUUAAACUAAAAAUAAACAAA